UAUAUACUGGUAUAUAUAUGUAUGUAUUAGAAUAAAUACAGUGCAUGGUAUGAAAUUACUAGAUAAAUUAAGAUAAUUUUGCUGUGCAUUAUUAACAAAUGAAUGGUUAAUUAAAGAGAUUAUAUUGACAACAAAGAGUGCAAUUCCUUACAAUUUGAAGUACAUACCACAAAGUGAAACUUUUCUUGAAAAAAAGUCUCUUGCUUGUAUCUUGUACCUAGGUUGGAAAAAACAUCAUCCUUACAGCAAUAUUCCAACAAGUCCAUAACUUGAUCUUGGUCCUGUAGGUUCUCAACGGUUUCCAAUUUUUGACGAAAUUGAUGCUUGAGAGUUGAAAGGACAGAAGCAAUCAAACUGCUCGUCGCAUCCAUUACUUUGUCAACCGCAGUUUGAGUUAGCUGACUUUCUGCUUUUAAAGCAAGCAAAUACUCAGCCGUUUGCGAGAGUCUCACGUCUGAUGGGUCACACGUGUCCAACCUUGCUCUCUGCCCGGAAGUAUCGAAGUCAUCUGACUCCGUGCCCUCCACUGCUGCGUCAAUUCCGAGCAUUUCACAGUGUUCUGUCUGAAAUGAAAUAUUGCGUGAUUCAAGAUCUUGCAGUGCACCAUGUGAUCUGCGUAGAUGUUGACUGAAGCUCUUCCACUUCUUGAAAGUCUGACCACAGCCUUCAUGGCGACAGUGAACAACAAAAUUGGGAUGAUGCUGAUGAACUGUGCGAGCGUGAUUCAGUAAACCAAAGCUUGACCGUGCCCUGUAGUUGCACAUGGAACACGAAGCCAUAACUAUCGGUUUCCACUUCCGGAACAAACGAGAUCCCGGAAGACACGCCUUGUUGCGCAGCUGAACAAAAAAGCGCGCGCUGCUGACCUCGUGAAAGACCACAACGAAAGGACAGUUUCUGUGAGCUAACGUACACGGCAAUGGAUCUCGAUGAUAUGUCUGUGGCAGGCGUGUCGGCUUGGCUAGCGAGGAGGUCGUUUAGUGAAAGAGUUCGAGCCUUUUUUGCAGAGAAUGAAAUCGAUGGAACGGCCCUUAGAAGCCUACUUCAAGACCAAGCAGAAUUGAAGACAGCUCUGCCUAUUAUGGGAGACAGACUUCGAUUGAAACGAGCGGUUUUGGACGAUUUCUGCAUUGGUUGGAUUGAAGGUUCAUCCUCAUCAACGACUUUGUCUACUAGUAGUACUGUUGGAACACCAAACGAAGAGAGUUCAGAUGUCUAUGAAAUGUUAGAUGUGCCUGGUUGUUUGGAGACGGAAACAGCUGCUGAUUCUGAUAAAGAAGAAAGAGAAGUUCAAGAGGAUACGCCACCUCCCAAGAAAAUGAAGAUUUCAGCAUCUAUUCCUGAUCCAUUUGUGUUUCCCAAAAUUUAUCCGGCAAGAAUACAGCAAGCUGUUGUUUCUGGUAAAAUCUAUGGGACGGAUCGCUUAGCAUUCAUUAGAUAUAUAAGUGACUUCAUGGCGGGAUAUAGUAGCUUCCCAUCACCAUCUGAGUACCAACGUGUGGCAUGCGAUAUUGUUGAAAAAUAUCCAUGUCUGGCAGACAAGUUGCAAGGACAGCCAGUAUGGACAACUGUCAAGGUUCAGCUGUCACAGCGAUUUAGAAACAUACGGAGCUAUUCCAGAAAGUCUUUUCAGAGCACUGGCCAGGGCAGAAGGAAAGCAAGGGCAGGGACUACUUCAUCGGCUCGUCUUGAUGAUUGUCUAGUGGCAAAUGAUGCUGACACGAGCAACGAAUCUAUGUCAUCUGACAUUGUCGCGUAUGAUAGAAAUGUUGCAAAGAUGAAAGCAGAAUGCAUGUCCAAAACACCAAAUAGACAAGCACUGACCACUCUAUAA